CGUUGCAAACACAAUACGUGAUUAGUUAGAAUUUAAUAUAUUCACAAAAAUGUUUUGCAAAUAUGUGUGUUUGGUCCUGCUCUCAGUGCCUGUCUCAUACUGUGCAAAUAUUCUAGCCAUAGUUCCCACAGCAACAUACAGUCACCAUAUAGCUUAUGCACCUCUAUGGAAAGCUUUGUCCCUUAGAGGACACAAUGUUACACUGGUAACAACGCAUCCAAUGGACAAUCACCAGCUAACGAAUCUGACUGAACUCAAUAUAAAUUGGGCUUCCCAACUUAUUCCCAAUGUCAGCAACUCAGCAGAAUUCAAAGUAACGAUGUGGAAUUUCCAUUCUCUUCUUAACACAGCUACGAAUUUAAUUUGCGACAGACUAUUAUAUUCAGAUAUCGGCCAGAAACUACUAGAUAAAAGUAGUCAUUUUGACUUGGUUUUGGUAGAGAAUGUGUGUCCGGAGCUGUUAGGUUUUGCUGAAAUGUAUAAUUGCCCCAAAAUACUUAUAGCCACAAUGAGUCUGUCUUCAAUAUUUUCCAGUAUACUUGGGGACUUCGCUCAUCCCAUCUCACAUCCCGAAUUCGUGCUGGCCUUCCAAGGGCAAUUAAAUUUUAGGGAAAGGGUAAUAAGUACGAUGGUUACAUGGUAUUUGUAUUAUACCUUUUUAUAUGUCAUUUUUCCCAAGAAGCAAAAGACGUUGCAGAAGUAUUUUAAUAACACAUCUACGAUUCCAGAACUUAUUAGGGACACAGAUAUGCUGUUUCUAAAUGUAAAUCCAAAUAUUCAUGGUCCCAGGGCUAUUGGCCCAGCUACGAUUACCGUUGGUGGCAAUAGAGAAGAUUUAUCACCAGAACCAAUACCAAAGGAUAUAAAGAAGUUUCUGGAUGAUGCCAAAGACGGGUGUAUUCUCGUAAGUCUGGGAAGUACCAUCAAAAGUAGUCUAAUAGAUAAGGUUCUACUGAAAUCUAUAAUCGAUACUCUAAGAGAGGUGCCGUACAAGGUGUUAUGGAAAUUUGAGACUAAAAUAACCAACAUACCCAAAAACGUCAAAACAGCGAAAUGGUUACCUCAACAGAAAAUUUUGAAUCAUCCGAAUUUGAAGCUAUUUGUCUCACAGGGAGGUCUUCAGUCAGUAGAAGAAGGAAUUUAUGGUGAAGUACCCUUUGUGAUAAUACCGUUUAUUGCUGACCAGUUUCAAAACGCAAGAAUGCUGGAAAACAAAGGGGUCGCCAUUGUUUUGGAUAAAAAUAAUUUAAACAAACAUGUUCUGAAGAGCGCCAUUCUGAAGGUGAUGAAUGAUCCAAAGUAUACCGAAAGAGUUAAAAAAGUAAAGCAGUUAAUUUUGGAUGAACCCAUGAGUGGAUUGGAGAAAGCGGUGUGGUGGACAGAAUACGUUAUUAGAAAUAAAGGCGCCAAGCAUUUGAGGAAUCCAGCAGCUGAUAUACCGCUCUAUCAGUAUUUCCUACUAGAUGUUAUCGGAUUCUUUCUAUUAAUAGUCAUUUUAAUUGUUACUGCCUUGUUGCUGGCACUCAAGAAAAUAUAUAAGUUGUUCUGGAGGUUUCGCCAUGAAAAGCUAAAGUCACAAUAAAAAUAUAAUACGUUAUUGGAAUUUUUUACUUCAGCAGUGGCAAUGCUAUGUUUGUAAAUCCUUACAAUUAUUUUUGUGUUGAUUAACAGAAUAUAAUACAAUUUUAUUCAAUAUGUUUCAAACAUAAAUGCAAAAUAUAACCGCAUUGUUUAUUAAACUAACUGUUGCCAUUUUUGAGUUAUAUUAUUUCAAAAGUAAUGUAAUAGUAAUAGUGACAUGCAA